UGACUAGGUCAGCAGGCAAGCCUGCAGUACGCAGUGGGUGGUCACGUCAACUCAUUUCUUGCCCCGAAUUAAAAGGUCGUCAUAAAGCCAUUGUUCACAGACGCUGUCAUAUCAUUUCGCCUGCCCGCUCCCAAACUCGGCCAUGAAGGACUACAAGCUUGCCGUCGCCUGCAUCCUGCUUUUCACACUUUGCACUGAGGUGCUCAGUCAAAAUUUCAAUCCAGAGAAAUGCUGUUUUAGGUACUACAACAAACCCAUUCCUUCUAGAAGUGUUGAGCGUAUCCUGGCAACCUCCCCAGAAUGCAUCAAGCCAGGGUUUCUGGUCAUCACAAAGAGACGAGGACUGUCACUGUGUGUCAACCCAGAUGACCCAGCAGUCAGCAAACUGAUAUCCAAGUUCUACUUCCCUGGCGCUGAAUAUCCCUGAUGCUCAACCCACCAAAAAAAAUAUCCAGUGCUUCAAGUCCUUAUACUGUUUCUGAAUUUAGGCAUUAGUAGCAGGCUGCUUAUUUGAAAAUAGUUUAUUAGAUAUAAAGACGUUGAACAUUUAUAAUGACUUCAGGCACAGACAUGCACCUUUAUUUAAGCACUGGAUAACAUAUUAAGCUUUGUUAUAUAUUCUUUAUUGCUGAUGGCCAGCCAAAUACCUGCAUGACUUUUGCCCUCAUGUUGUUCUUUACUUCUUUCUGAUUUUAUUUCUCUGUUUUUAUUUCAUUAGAUCUUUGUUUUUGUCUUUCAUUCUGUUUAUAUGUUUUAAACAUUUGUGUCCACUUCUUUCAAUAAAUACGAGAUUACAACAUG